CACACCCACACAGACACAUGCAGCUUCCGGCUUCCUGGGAACCGCGUGGCUUCCAACACGGCCCUGCAUCGCUGGUCCGGCCAACUUCCGUCAGUUCUGUGGUUGGGCGCUGGACGAGUUGGCCGCCAUCUGCCAGUUCAAGAGGUCAUGCUCAACUCCGGUGGUUGCCGUGUGCGGCCCUGGCUUGGCGUUGCCAGGCAGGUGCUCGGACCCGCGCGAGACCGCUCGUGGGGAAGACGGUCGAGAUCCCGGAGGUGGACGUGGAUUGGAAAAGGUUGGUGCUUGACCUCUGCAACGAGCUGAUGAGCUUCGUCCCGGUGUGUGGCCCGCUCUGGGACGCAGUGAAGGCCUCCCAGCGCCGCGACACCGUGGGCUACGUGCUGAACUUCUGCCUGGCGGUGCUGGACGUGGUGUCCCUGGGCAUCAGCGUGGAGGUCAAGGC